UUCCGCUUGCCGUUCCAUUUUCGAGGUCGUCCUUGAGAGAACGCAUUCUCGACGGGUUCAAAGUAGAAAGCAACAAUGGCUGAUACGCUUAUGCUUCGUGGAACCCUUAAGGGUCACAGCGGUUGGGUCACCGCCAUCGCUACCACCCCCGAGUCUCCUGACAUGAUCUUGUCGGCUUCCCGGGACAAGACCAUCAUUGUCUGGCACUUGACUCGCGAUGAGCAGACCUACGGUGUUCCCCGUCGUGCCCUCACUGGCCACAACCACUUCGUCUCUGACGUUGUUAUCUCCUCUGACGGCCAGUUUGCUCUCUCUGCUUCCUGGGACAAGACGCUCCGCCUCUGGGACUUGAACAGCGGCACCACCACCCGUCGUUUCGUCGGUCACACCAACGAUGUCCUCUCCGUUUCCUUCUCCCCUGACAACCGUCAGAUCGUGUCUGGAUCCCGCGACAAGACCAUCAAGUUGUGGAACACCCUUGGCGAGUGCAAGUUCAACAUCACUGAGGACGGUCACACCGAGUGGGUUUCAUGCGUGCGCUUCUCCCCCAACCCUGCCAACCCUGUCAUUGUUUCCUCUGGCUGGGACAAGCUCGUGAAGGUGUGGGACUUGACCAAGUGCAAACUGAAGACCAACCACUACGGACACACCGGCUACAUCAACAACGUUACCAUCUCUCCCGACGGUUCCCUUUGCGCUACCGGUGGAAAGGACGGCAUCACUAUGUUGUGGGACUUGAACGAAGGAAAGCACCUCUACUCACUCGAUGCUGGAGAUGUCAUCAACGCUCUUUGCUUCUCCCCCAACCGCUACUGGCUCUGUGCUGCCACUGGCUCUGGUAUUAAGAUCUGGGAUUUGGAGAGCAAGAGCAUUGUUGACGAGCUCCGUCCUGAGUUCCCUGAGCAAGGCAAGAAGGCCACUCCUCCCCAGUGUAUCUCCAUUGCCUGGUCUGCGGACGGUCAAACUCUCUUCUCUGGCUACACUGACAACGACAUCCGCGUGUGGCAGGUUAUCCGCUCAGCAUAAGUGUUUUGUUUGGGUUGUGGUAGGCGAUGAUGAGUGUGGGAUAGAGGGCAGCGGUUCAUAGUGCAUAGGCCACGUCUUUUGUAUAUUAUGUGACGACCUGUGCUGGUAUGGCGAUGAUCUUGUUCUAUUCUCGCCUCUCAUUGGUGGAGGUGGUGAAGGAACGGCAACAGAGGUUGAAUGGAAUGCAAUGUAUCUUAACUCCAUCGGGUGUGUAUAUCGCUUUCACAUUAAAUUUCAGAUUCCUAUCUACUGUCCAUGGCUCGCUUGUCCUAUGUAACGGUAGUCCUGAGAGCAUUUCCGCUAAUCGGAAAAUGACCAGAAAAUAAAGUAAAGGUAAUCAGAUC